AACAGAUGCUUCUUAGGGAUGCCGUACAGACGAAGCCAUACCUUAUCUCUUCAAGAACAGUGUCACGCACCUUGACUGUGAUAGCAUUGACAGAGAGAGAAAAGCUUGCCGCUCGAUUUGGCCAUGUGCAGCAGAUCCGCAGAGGGGGAAACCACCGAGAAAUCGUCGUCCCCGACCUGGAAGAUCUGCCAAUCCCACUCCCCAGCCACCAUAUGCUUGAGCUCUUGUUUGAGCGUGCGGAGAGAGAGUUUACCCGGCUCAGCCGAUAGAAUCGCACUGUUGAGGGCCUUCAGAUCGGAUCCCACCGGCCCCCGAGCCAGUCUUGCCCCCGUCGCCGCCAGCCUGGCUGUUGGCCUCGCAGGAGGAGGAUACCUCGUCAGGGCCGGGGUCACGGCCGCAUCAAGCCAUAAGGCCGAUGCAUCGCACGGAAGGUGGCUUCGCCGGGAACGGAGGCGUGCUCCGAGCGGCGUAGCGGUGGAGGCGAGGCCGACCGCAGCCUGGCGCGGGCAGGCGCGGCCUGGCGGGAACCGGGCCAGGCCUGGGGCAGGACGGGCGCGCGUGAGGGAGGCCACGACGUGGCGCUGCGGGCCACGGCUUGGCGCAGGGACCCGACCAUGGGUGUGGCACGGGCGCGGCCGUGCGGCGGGGGCGCUUGGCACGGUGCGGCCGGGCGCGGGGCGACGGCCAGGCGGAGGGGCGCGGUGCCGACGUCUCCUCUACACUUGUGGCGCCGUCUCGAGAGGAGUAGCGUCGAAGUCGAAGUCGACGUCUCCUCUACACUCGUGGCGCCGGACGCCUUCAGGACCCUGCGCCGGUGACGGGGUAUCCAAUGGAGAAGACAAGGCAUCGGGAGAUGACAUCGGCGGGCCGACGGCCUAGGCUGCGUCGUCACGGAGGCGAGGUUCUUCGACGUCCAUUCGCUUGAUGGAGAGCAACGUGUUUGUGUAUCCUCCUUCCGGCAUGGGUAUCUCGUACGUACAUGUUGCUCGUUCCGCCACCUUCGUCGCGGGCGUCAGGCCCGUCAAUGCCAUGACCCUUUUCUCGUUCUUCUUGGAAUCGAUGGAUUCCAUUAUCCGAGAUUCUUCAACGAGUAGUGCACACGUACAUGCAUAGAUGGACGAAUAAUACACAAUUAGUCAUGGACGUCACUACAUAGCACCCUUUCGGUGCGACGGAUUCCUUCUAUGCAUGCAAACUAAUAUACCAACAUAAUGUUGAUAGAUCCUGUGGAUCGACAAGGCUA